CAUGGAGAACAAACUUGGCGAUAUCUGCUUUUCACUACGUUACGUUCCAACGGCUGGAAAGUUGACAGUUGUCAUUUUAGAAGCUAAAAAUCUCAAGAAAAUGGAUGUUGGUGGCCUAUCUGAUCCUUACGUCAAACUGUCGCUUAUGAUGAAUGGAAAGAGAAUUAAAAAGAAGAAGACGACCAUUAAGAAAUGCACAUUGAAUCCUUACUAUAAUGAAUCCUUCACUUUCGAAGUGCCAUUCGAACAAAUCCAGAAAGUGACGCUUAUCAUUACGGUCGUUGAUUACGAUCGUAUAGGAACGUCCGAACCAAUCGGAAGGAUUGUUUUAGGAUGUACCGCAACUGGAGCUGAACUACGCCACUGGAGCGAUAUGUUAGCUAAUCCUCGUCGACCUAUUGCCCAAUGGCAUACUCUACAAGAGAUGCCAGAAAAAAGUUAA